UCUGACUACUUUGGUUCAAAAGUUCUUUCCUGGAUGGGUCCUGCAGCAGCUCUAUUUGGUCCAGAAUAUAACUGCUCAGAUGGUGUUGCAUGAACCAGCUGGAGGAGUGGGAAUGCGCAGUGUGCUUCAGGAGCAAAAGCUAUUUCCAGGACAAUCUGCUUUGCUGGGGCUAUGCCGGCCAACUUGCAAACACUCUGGAGCAGCAUCACUGUGUGGCCAGCAUUUCACAUAGUCCUAUGGGAGUGCAAUAAGACUCCAACUGUUGAUAAUCGCCAAAAUUUCCAAUCUGCUUUUAAAGUCAAGUUAGUUCACUAAGCAGACAGCUGUGUCCCCCUGGAGUGUUUGUUUUGGGGGAGUGUUAGAGAGAAACCUGGAAGGUACCAGAUCGUGGAGGUAAGAGGGGACCUGCCAGACCUUCAGAGUUGAUGGGACGCUCAAGGCACAGGGCGCAGCAAGGCAGCAAGUACGUCCUACGAAAAAGCCUGAUACAGGUUUUUAUGUCUCUCCACCCCUACCUUCAAGGCCAUUCCAGGGACCACCCCCAAAGUAUUCUACCCUUAUCUGAAUUCUCCAAGAAUUCUGUAAGAGGCAAUUCUCUAAGAAGCUUGUUCUCCUCAAACAAAAUUUUUCAGAAGGUGGAUUUUUAUAAACGUGUUUCAUCUUUCAUGACUUUGAAGAGUCAUCUUAAGAACCACCUCUAAUAAUGCUGCAUGACAGAAUAUGACCCAAGAAGUAUAAGGUUUAGGUGGGGACACUUAAUUACAAACCAGUAUUACGGAAUUCAUAAGACAAACAUCUCUUCUCAGAUGUAGGACAGGUUUGAACUUGUAAAGCCGGGUCCCAAAACAGCUUGUUUCCACCCCACCAGCCCUGCACUCCCGGGGCCGACGCUGGGCAUCCCUAGCCCCGUGUGUGAGGGGGCAGGGUCUGGGGCUUUGCGGGGCGCUGGGCUAGCUGCCGGGGGCCCGUUCUGCUCCUGCUGGAGGAGGUGCCAAAGGAUGGAGGUAACAUCCUCGCUGAUAUCCAGAAACUGCAGGGAUUUAUAUCCACAUCAUUACUGUGCAACUUUGGCUUCUAGGCAGUCACAUGGUGUGGAAGAAGCAAGCCUGAGGCCCCAGGAGAGGGGACCUUUGCCCUAGUUCUUUCCCGCCAAUAGGCUGAAUAAACCAUCACCAUGGACUGGGGCACCCUGCACACUUUCAUCGGGGGUGUCAACAAACACUCCACCAGCAUCGGGAAGGUGUGGCUCACCGUCAUCUUCAUCUUCCGUGUCAUGGUCCUUGUCGUGGCUGCUCAGGAAGUGUGGGGGGAUGAGCAGGAAGAUUUUGUCUGCAACACGCUACAGCCGGGCUGCAAAAACGUGUGCUAUGACCACUUCUUCCCUGUGUCCCACAUCCGGCUCUGGGCCCUGCAGCUCAUCUUUGUCUCCACCCCAGCCCUGCUGGUAGCCAUGCAUGUUGCCUACUACAGACAGGAGGCAGCCCGCAAGUUCAGGCGGGGGGAAAAGAGGAACGAAUUCAAAGACUUAGAAGACAUUAAAAAGCAGAAAGUUCGGAUAGAGGGGUCCUUGUGGUGGACCUACACCAGCAGCAUUUUUUUCCGCAUCAUCUUUGAAGCGUCCUUUAUGUACGUGUUUUACUUCCUUUACAGUGGGUACCACCUGCCCUGGGUGUUGAAAUGUGGGAUUGAACCUUGCCCCAAUCUUGUUGACUGCUUUAUUUCUAGACCUACUGAGAAAACCGUGUUUACCGUUUUCAUGAUUUCUGCAUCUGUGAUUUGCAUGCUCCUCAAUGUGGCCGAGUUGUGUUACCUGCUGCUGAAAGUAUGUUUUAGGAGAUCAAAAAGAGCGCAGAUGCAAAGAAAUCACCCCAAUCAUGCCCUAAAGGAGAGUAAGCAAAAUGAAAUGAAUGAGCUGAUUUCAGAUAGUGGUCAAGACGCAAUCACAGGGUUCCCAAGUUAAACAUUUCAAAGUACAACGUAGCAGGCUCCUAUCAAAACUGGUGUCUCCUCCAGAAGGCAGUGCCAAGCUAGCAAUCCCCUCCCCAGGAUGAAGACUUUGUCUUUAUAAUGGCUUUCAUAAUACUUAGGUUCUGGGGUUAAUUUUCUGCAGACUACUUGCACCAUUAAUAUGCAACAUAAUAAAUGGAGUCCAUCGCUCACAAGUAAGACAGGAUGGCAUCUGUGACCUGAAGUAACUUUAGCAUGUUUGUUUUAAGUGGACUCUCUGACAUAGUGGGAAUUUCCUGAAAAUUUAAGUGUGUAACUAUUGUUGAUAAAGAACAUUUAUCUAGAAACUAAUACUUUGAUUAGUAAAAGAUAUUUUUAUAGGAUUGAAUUUUUAGUUCUGACUUUGAAUUUAUAUAGAGUAUUUUUAUAAUGACUGGUCUUCCUUACCUGGAAAAAUUAUACCUUAAGGAGCUGUCCCGAACUUACAAAGGACCUAGCUUGUAAAUAUUGUUUUGCAUUGUCUGUUGAUAAACUUAUGAACUAUCAUGAUACUCUUAAGGUGGAAAGUGUUGAUUGUACAAUAUAUAUUUACUGCUUUCUGAAUGUAGACAGAGCUGUGUGAAAGGGAAGUGUCUUUUAACCAGCCUAUUUGCCAUCAUUGUAAACAGCUGAUACAAGAAUGUGCUCACCUCAAUAAAGAUUAGCCCCAUGCUAAAGCCUUCAUGUGCAGGGUGGUUUCUGUCCAUCUCUCCGCCUCACUGUCCCCCCACAGCUGUGCAGUAAUUGGCUGCGGUGCCUUUGCCGGGUAUCUGUUGUUGUGUGGUCGGAGUGCCAGGGAGUUCCAUGGGGACUCUUGCAUCCUCCUGCCAAAUGAGCAGAGGCUGGUUACAGGCCCAGCAGUCCUCAGCCUGGAGAGCAGUUGGCUACUUUAGGACACAAAAAACGGCCUCUGGGGCAGUUCAGCCUCGAUAGAGAGGAAGCUGGGGAAGUUAGCAGCAGCUCUCAGGCAAAGCUUUCCUCAAGGACUCAUGCCUGGGGUCCUUCAGCACGUGGUGACAGAGAAUAGUACCCCAGCUGCUCACCCCAUGGGUGAGGAAACCUUUCACCCCGGGGGUUUCCGGAGUGAGCACAGAUGUUUUUCAUGUGGAUGUCGGUGCAUCACUCACAGGCUGGUCACUCCUGAGUCACACCACACACAUGAGUGCGUGACCUCUGUGUUGAGGAAUGGUUUGAAUGGUAUACCAUGUGUGAGGAAGCCUACUGAAUAAUGAAUAUACAUGAGCCCUUGACGUGGCGCCGUGAUUCCAGAACCUUUCCAGAAAAAUAAAACAGUAAUUUCCAUUUUUUUCAGAGACCAUAUCAAAUUCAAGACAUACUAUUUCACCCAUAAAUAUUUCAGUAUCUGUAAAAGCCAAAAACUAACCUUUUAAAACAAAACUACAAUUCUACCAUCACACUGAAAAAAAUCUCGAUAGCGCUAAUAAUUCCCGAUUGUCCUGUAAUGUUCAUUCUUUUUAAGAAGCUGUUCGAAUAGGGAUUAUGAAGGAAGGGAGAAAUAUCAGGGGCAGAUAAAACUGCCACGGUAGCACUCCCAGUCUGUGCAGAAGAGGGGCUCCUUCUCACUGCAGCCUGGGGACUCCGGGCCCCCUCCAAAGCCCUGCCUGGCGGUCCCCUCCUUUCCCUGCUGUUUCCUGUCUUGUCCUCUUCUCUGGUGGCUUUCUGCUCCUUAACCUCUCUGACACCCUUUCCCUCUGGACUGUGUCCCUGUGCCAGCACAUCAGGGUGUGGAGUGAAGGGCCACGCUCGCUGCCAGCACGCUCCUCCCCCUGCCUCUCAGUGCCAGACCUGGACCCGCCCUCUCCGCUGGGCCCAGCCCUGAUCGACACCAGUGACUUCCAGAGCACCAAAUCGCUUGGCUUCUUCCCUUUUUAUCAUCUUCAAACUCUCCUGGGGGCUCUUCCUGCAUUCCAGGACAACUGCCCCCCCCUGACCUUAGGUCUCCAGCUUCGGUGGCUCCUUGGUC